AAUGUCAUCAAAUAAAAACAAGAUUCAAUGUGACCUCGUGAUUUUUCAGUUUUUGUUUGAAAUUGAAACGAGAUAAGAGAUUGCUUAUAACAGUAAUUCAUUUUUCUUUCAGAACAUAUAUCUACGAUUUCUGAAUUAAACUGCUUGUGUUAGUUUACGUACGACUAUUGGGAGCAAAUAGUAAUUAAAAUUAUGCAGUCAUUAGGCCGAUUUUGGAGAUCUAAUGUUUGCACUUCGUUUUAUGCCUAACCUCAUCAUAAGUCGCCAAUAAAUCGGUGGUAAAGCUAGGUACUUCAAUAUGAGAGUCCCUAGAGCCUACAACCCGAGGAUUCAGGAACGGAUUUUAAAACGUUUUGGACUAUACAAUAGAGUUUUACCAGAAGCAACCACACCAAGUAGAAUUGUACCAGAGCAUAUUCCAAGGCCAGACUACAUUUCAGUGACAGAAAAAUUUGUGGUACCAAAAGUGCCAGAAAUAAAAAAUGCUGAACAGAUAGAAGGCAUGCAAAGAAGCUGCAAACUUGCUGCAAGUAUACUGCAGAGAAUAGAAGAAUUUAUCCAGCCAGGAGUAACAACAGAUGAUGUGGAUGAACUGGCCCAUAAAUUGUGUAUUCAAGCAGAGGCUUAUCCAUCACCAUUACAAUAUAAUGGCUUUCCAAAGAGUAUUUGUACAUCAGUCAACAAUGUGGUUGUCCAUGGUAUACCAGACUUGAGGCCUCUAGAAAAUGGAGAUAUUGUAAAUGUAGAUGUUACGGUAUUCUAUAAAGGCUUCCAUGGAGACUGUUCCAAAACAUUUUUAGUUGGUGAUGUGGACGACAGAGGGUUACAGCUGGUAUCAAUUACUGAAGAAUGUUUGGAUAUUGGAAUAAAAUGCUGUGGGCCAGGUGUACCUUUUAGAGAAAUCGGCUCAAGUAUUUAUAGACAUGCAAAGAGACAUGGCCUAACUGUUAUCCCUUCUGUGUUGGGACAUGGCAUUGGGGAGUAUUUUCAUGGACCUCCUGAGAUAUAUCAUAGUAUCAAUAGGUACCCUGGAGUAAUGAACCCAGGCAUGACAUUUACUAUAGAACCAGCUAUAAGCCAUGGGAGUAAACACACACUGCUACUUGACGAUGGCUGGACUUUAGUCACAGAAGAUGGUUCCAGAUGUGCCCAAGCAGAACACACCGUUUUAAUUACAGAGUAUGGAGCAAAAAUAAUUACCAAAUAAUACUCUCUAACAUUGUGAUAGCUUAGCUUAGUAUUUUUAGUAUUCAAACUACAAAGAUUCAACUGUGAUACCAAUUUGUUGUUUUAGUAUAAUGCAUUAUGAUUUGUAUGGUGGUAUGUUACGAAAUAUUAUUUAAUUUUUGUUUUUGUUGUGUCCAUAGCAUAAUGGUAUUGUUGAUAAGGUUUUAUCAAUUCUAUUAGUGUUUGUAUUGUUGCUUGAAUCUAAUUUAAAUAAAAAUACAUAAAAUAG